AUGAUAGACUUGGAUUUUUCAGAAAUAAAUUAUUAUGAACAUAAGCUCAUACAACAUUCAUGUUAUAAUUUAGGAGCAAUAGGCUCGGAGAUUCUUGUAUUGGCCAAACCAAUCGAGGCAAGAACAUUGCAGAUCGAAUUCCUUGAAUUUCAUGGAGGUGUUCCUUGCAUGAAGUUUGAGUUUUUGGGUUGUCAACGGACGUCUUGUGAAGAUAUAAAUGAAUGCGAGGAUGGUCGUAAUGGAGGGUGUGAACAGCAUUGUCACAAUACACAAGGUGGACAUCGUUGCAGCUGUGAAGAGGGCUUUGAUUUGUUCGUUGAACCAGGCCAAAGUGGUGUUCGUUUACGUGAAGGUGAAACAGGCUAUGGAGAAUUCGAUUCAUUGCGUUUUAACCAUUCCUGUAUUCCUCGACAUUGUGCUCCUUUAACGACACCAGAAAAUGGCCAAUUAAUAGCUCAAAACUUGUACAAAACUUUUAAAAAUGAAGUGAAUAAUACAAACAACAAGAACGAGUUCUUUUCUUCCUCCUUUGCUUUUCCUUCAAUUGUGGAAUUCCGUUGUACUUUUGGUUAUCAAAUGCGUGGGCCUUCCCAUUUGAAAUGUUUGGCAGAUGGGACAUGGAAUGGAACAGUGCCAUCAUGCAUACCCGCCACCUGUUCCGGUGUAAAGAAUAGCACAGCUGUUGGACUCUUUGUACAGCCUGAAACCGUCUCCAUUCCUUUUGGCCAGAAUUUAAGUUUUGUCUGUUCCCAAACUAAUAGACCACCAAAGCAUUCUGCACUUGGAGAAAUCCGUCAAUGUAUUUAUGAUCCUCGAACUGAUGGAUUAGAAUAUUGGUUAAGUGGACCUGAAGUUGAUUGCCCGCUUGUUGAUUGUGGACCUCCUCCUGCCCUAUCUGGAGCUUAUUAUGAAGGCGAUGAGGGACAUCAUGGAGGAAACUUUAAAGUGGGAAGUGUCUAUUUAUUCCAGUGCCGUGCUCCAUAUUCUCUUGUUGGAAAAUCUUCAUAUGAUGACCGUAUGGUUCGUUGUAAUGUAGACGGAACAUGGGAUUUGGGUGAUUUACGUUGUGAAGGCCCUGUCUGUGUUGACCCUGGCCAUCCAGAUGACGGGCAAACAUUUUUGGACUCCGUUGAGGAAGGUGCUGUUGCAAGUUUCAGUUGUAACAGACCAGGAUUUAAGCCAUUCCCUGCAGAAACGAUAAGUUGCAGUCUUGGGACGCCUUGUGUAUUGAGUGAGGAUGUUGGAAUUUCCUCUGGAUUUAUACCUGAUGGAGCUUUUUCUGAUAAUUCUGACAAGGUAAUUUGGGGAUAUGAACCUCACAAAUCCCGCAUGUCCUCUUCUGGUUGGUGUGGCUCUAAAGAUGCUUUUAUUUUCCUUUCUGUUGAUCUACAACGGAUUUAUACACUUACAACAUUGAGAUUAACUGGUGUUGCUGGUAAUGGGCAUUUAUCUGGUCACGUUACAAAAAUGCAGCUUUUUUAUAAAGUUCAGUUCAGUCAGAACUAUGAUAACUAUCCUAUGGAAUUCUCUACACCCUCAGGAAAUCACAGAAAAAUUUACCAAUUUACCCUUAAUCCGCCUCUACGAGCCCGAUACAUUCUCUUGGGUAUUACUGAAUAUGAGAAGAACCCUUGUCUUCGUUUUGAUAUGCAUGGAUGCUUAGCUCCUCUGUCUACCACACACGAAGUUCCAGCACAUUUACAAGUUGGCUGGAAUGCAAGUAUCCCUCAAUGCUUAGAUGCUGAACCUCCAACAUUCAAAAAUUGCCCUCAAUCACCAAUAAUUGUGCAAACUGAUGAGAACGGGCAAUUGUUCCCUGCCAACUAUGUCAUACCUGAAGCCACAGAUAAUUCAGGAAGAAUUACUUAUAUGCUAACAAAGCCAGAAGACUUCCACCCACCCUAUCCAGUCAGUCAAGACACUGAUAUAAUCUAUCAAGCUUUUGAUGAUGCUGGGAAUAUGGCUGAAUGUGCUGUUCGGCUAAGAAUACCUGGUUGGACUGGAGUUGAAUUUUUACUUUCGAAAGUCCUCAUUUUAGACACAGUUCCUCCAAUCUUGAAGUGUCCUGAUUCUUAUGCUAUCUGGGCACAGGAAAAUCAAACUGAACUUCAUAUGCAUUUCAAUGAAUCCUCAGUACGGCUAGUUGUGCAAGACCAAUCGCCGAUUACCCAAAUUUCCUAUGAUCCUCCCGAAGCUCGGAUUAAACUUGAUUCACACGUUACUGUUGAAGCCUCAGUUUUGGAUGCCCAUUCCAACCGAAACAAAUGUAAAUUCCAAGUAGCCCUGUUACCCGAACCUUGUAGUCCUUGGUCUUUACGAAUUGAUGAAGCUACCGUUCAAAAACAAUGUCAACGCCAUGCUAGUGGCACAGUUUGCCAAGUCCAAUGUCGCAAAGGAUAUCGCUUUCUAGAAUCCUUCCCUCAACAAAAGAGUGAAGUUAAAAAACAACAAAAUAGUACUAAUACACUUCCACAACGCUAUAGUUGCUCGAUGGAACAACAAUCGGGGAAAUGGUUGCCCUCACCAACUCCACCUGCAUGUGUACCAAUGGCCAUGGAACCUGCUCGCUAUGAGAUGAGAGUUCACAUGAAUUACAGCCUCACUUCCCCUUUACCGAGUGAUUGUGCUAAGAGUUAUGAACUGUUAGUUGGAUCUUUGUUCGACAGCAUUGACCAAGUAUUGAGCCAACGUUGUUCAAGUACUGUACAAAUCUAUGUUCGCUUCUUGGAUGCCAAAUUCUCGCAAAUGGGCGAGAAGACUAUGGGUGCAAAUUUUACCGUGCAAAUUUUGCCUACUGUUUUGCAACAAGUAUUUUAUGAGCUUUGCUCGCUUACUCUACGCACAAUUUUUGACCUUCGAAUACCUGGAGCUACAAUACCUAUUAGGUCUUUGCUGACACUUUCGGGUGAUUCUGUUCCUGCUAUCUUGGUAGUAACUUAA